UAAGUUGAGAAGUGCAAGACCCGCACCUUUGCAAAUAUUGUUUUAUUAGUACGCAUUUAUAGCCUUUUCACUGAAGGUGAAAUUUUCUUGCAGUUAGUUAAGCGCCAGGGCUAUCAUCAUCGUCGCACGUGUGCAGCCUUCCCCGAAGCGCGAGCGCUUCGUGGCCACGGCAGAAGAAGACUGGCUCGGCCCGUGCGAGACGUGGUUCUGUUCCGCUCCCGGCGAAGUUCAGGUUUUCCUCCUCGCGCGACCGCCGAAGUCUGGACCUUACUGUCGGCGCGCCCUCCAGGACCUGCGCUCACUCAGGGUUCCUGCACCGCCGGACUGCAGCUGAACUCAACAGAUGGAAUCGCAGGGUCCACUGACGCCUGUGCGCCCUCACUCGACGGCCAACACUUACGACGUCGGAGGCGACAUCGAGAUCGGGCGCUGGCUGCUGGCCACAGGGAUAGCCGUCAUCAUCCUCGUCCUCAUCACGGGCCUCGCCUUCCUUAUCGACGGCAUGUGGCGGCGCUCGGACGGAGAUCGCGACCACCCCAAGCCUCCGUCGCUGGUUCCAGGAAAGCACCUGCUAAGCGCGGUGGCCUGCAACUCGACCCUGUGCCGCCGCUACUCGGAGCUCAUCUCUUCCUGCGUGGGUCAUGGCCAAGCCUCGCCUUGUGAGGGCCUGUCCCGCUUCGUGUGCGGCGAGGGGGCCUGCUACAGCCGGCCCAUCGAGGGUCUGGUCAGGGGCUUCCUACGGGCGCUUGCCGCCGACGCACUGGCAUCGUGGCGCCUGCAGCCCGCGCACUCUAGCUGGCCCCCCGUGGACCGUGCCGCCGCCCUUUACGAGACGUGCCGCCAGAUCACAGCCGGGCGCGACAGCGACCUCGACUUCGCAGCGAGCGUACGCGACAGCCUGAACACAGGCGAGCUGCGCCCUUUCCUUGCCACGAACGAGACCGCGGCAGAAAUGGCAACGCGACUGGCGGCCCACUAUCAGGACGGCGCGCUCUUGUGGCUCGACGCCGCAGCUCCGCAGCGUGGUGAGUCGAAGCGGCGCCUCGUGAUCCGGGCAAACCGUCACUUCGUGCAACACGCCGAGUACCGGGACUCCUCGAGUCACCGCCACCGGAAACGUCGAUCACCGCUGCGUGCUCCCAACCAUCCCCUGGCGCAACAGGACGUGACAGCAACUGACGACGUCGCCGAGAGCGUCUUGAGCGGCAUGCACCAAGUGCACGCGCUCUGGAAGAAGGCGGGAAACCUGCUGGCCUACAACCCCGAACUGGUGACCGUGGGAGACCUCGAUCGGUACGGACUGAUCUCGGCGGUGCUCACCAGCGAACUCAACCUGGAAGGAAGCGGCGCACCGUUCACCUCGAACGACAGUAUCGAAGUGACCAACGGAUCGCUGCUUCCGUUCCUGAGCAAGGUGCUUCAGCUGAAGAACAUCAAAGCGUACCUGGCCUGGGAGUUCGUCCGGCACCGAUGGGCCUGCGCCGCUUCGCCCCGUAUACAGGAGAAGACAUUGGCCGACAGCUGCUUCGAUUGCGUCGAGCGGGUCGCCGGUUUAGCAGCCCACAUCCCGUUUCUCCGCGUCAGCGGUCACGUCGAGUCUCAGGCCAAGGCUAGCUUCUUCCUGACGCAGCUCAAGAAUUUCGUUGUGACCGCCGUGGGCGAGGUGAAGUGGCUGCCGCCGAGGCAGCGGGAGCUCAUGCUCGACCGCCUCUACAGGUUCCAGUUCAUGCGUGGCGCGCCAGCGCGCAAGGACAGCGUGGCGCAGAUCAACGAACUCUACGCCUACCUACCGCAGGGCACAGGCAGCUUCGAGCGUGACUUCGACGCGGCCGCGCACGCCGCGUGGAACGCGUCGCUGCGACGCGCGGCUCAGCCGCUGCUCCCGCUGCUCUCCGCGUUCCCGAACGUGCUCAGCGCGAACGACACGGCGUACAUUCCGGCCGUGGCGCUGGUGCCGCCGCUCUUCAGCUACGACAACGUCAAGUACGCCAACUACGCCUUCUUGGGUGUCGCCCUCAUGCGGGCACUUGCGCACAGCAUCGGCCUCACCGGUCUGCUCCAGCUGCCGGAGCCCAGAGACGGGAGGACGGCGGAGCACUUGAGGGAGCUGGGCCGCUGCCUUCGGCUGAGCCACUCCCCGACUCAGGCGUACGCGUCGCAGCUGGCAGACGUGUUCGCGAUGGGCGCCAUCGUUCGGGCGUUUGUCGAGGGCCGCCGAGAGAAGCACUCGGGCGACGCCGCGGUGCACGAGAUGUUCGCCGACGGCUGCCUGUACACGUGCACGUCAGCAAACCCGCACCGCUGCGAUGUACCCGUCGUCCAGACGGCACAGUUCGAGCAAGCCUUCUCGUGUCUGCGCCCAUCUCACAUGAUGACGGCACCUAACUGCACCGUCUGGUGAACCGACGAAAUGCAGUGCACUGAUCCGAACUUUGGUUUCAUUGACUCAUAACGACCUUUUAAACAUCUGUGUGAUGGGCAAUUUCGUUUCACUUUUUUUUUCUUUGUCUGAGAUAUCGUCAUAUAUGUUCCAAGAAGAGUUAUAAAAUAGCGGUGACGCGGAAAGAAUCAAGAGCACAAGAACUUUGAAUGGACGGUUGUUGGGUGCAAGGAAUUCAACGUCGCACCAAGUAUUGCCAAACUAAACGAGUUGGCUGUAUUAAGUGAAGCAACGGCAGUCUAUACGGUUUUAUUUUUCAGUGUGGAUGUUACAUCGAAGUGCCACACAAAGGCUGCAACGUCUUGCUUUGCCGAGUUGACACGCUGCGGAAAUUUAGAAAACGCACGCUUUUUUUUUCUUUUUUCUUUUUUGCAACCAAAGAAAUACUUUGGACGUGUCAUACGAAAUGAAUGUGGAGACCCAUGCGCGAUUUUGAUUAUUUGUUUCGCUUUGCACGAUGCAGUAAAUUAGCCCUUACAAAUUCUUCCAACUAUAUAGAACUGGAUUUCAGGAACGACAGUUGGCUCGACGCUGUGGUUUCGCAUGACUACGGACGCCGCUCCUCCUCUUAUGCACCUCUCAUCUUGCCUUUUCUCCACCUUUUCCCAGUGUAGAGCCGCAGGCCACAGUGAAUCAUAGCUCAGGCCGAACUUUUGGCCUUUCUGUAAAUAAACUCUCUUUCUCUUCGCG